AUGUUCCCUCCUGGCGAGAAACCGAACAUUGGCCAUCCGACGCGGAUGGUCCCUCGAGAUACCGCUAGAUCCACUAUUACCCCCCUCGACAACAACCCCUACGACAAGAUGACUGGCUCUUCACCUCCCUCACGAGCGGGAGUUCCCAUCCCCAACCGCAAGCGUUCUGGCUCGCAGAACAACGGAUCAGAGAAGUCCUCCAUUCGUGAGUCGCCGCCUCGUCCUCAGGCGUUCGGGCGGGCAGCUGGAAAGGUCCCCGAGCUUGACCCCUCGUCUAUCACGCUCCCGUACCCCAUGGGUUCUUCCCCUCCCCGUUCUCCCCCAUCUCAGAGGCUGUCCCGCCGCCCCUCCGUGACCUCAACGACGAUCGUUGGAGAUGGCUCCGUUUUCUCCGCUAUUCCAACGCAAGAUGCGGAGUCGCACUCUCUCACUAGGCGUCCCCAUGUUCGGAAGCCCUCUGCCGACCAGAUUGGACUUGGUCUCAGUCCGUCGCAGUCUCGCGCAACUCCGAGUCAGGACGGUAAGGCGCACGAUGGGCACGCCAGAGACAGAAACCAGAGAGUCCCCGGUGGAUCGUGGUCUGCGCAGGACGUCCCGGAAAUGGACGCGCAGCCGGCGGAUCCGAUUCCUCGUCAACGCAGUGGGCCCACUGGAGGUCCUUCCUAUCUGACGGCGAGCAGGCCAAUUGCGAAGGUUGACACCCGCGUCCCUCGUGCCUUCCUCUCCCCGUUGGCACAGACACCCAUCCAGUUCUCUGAUAGCGGCGGCGAGUGGGACGAUGACACUUCCUCGCGUCUUUCCCGCUGUGUCUCGUCGCUGGCUCCCUCCAGGCGCGGAAGUAUUGCCCCGGACGUGGACAAGGUGGAGAACAACAUUUUCCCCGUGUUCAAGAACUACUACGAACUCCACGGGGUCGUCUGUCGUCGUGACCUUUCCCGCCUGUCGAGGCAAGCGAAAGUGUACUUGGAGCAACUCGUUGAGGCUGAACAGAUCGUUGCUGGGUCUGCCGGGUCGAUAUGCUACGCAGCAUCGUACAACACAGCAGCGAAGGCACUCGGCUUUUCGCGCCAGCUCAUGUCGAGCUACUUCGACACCAUCGAGGUCCGCGCGAAGGAGAAGAACUGUGACGAGGUGCUCGCGACGGGGUACCAGCUCAUGGAGAUGACCAUGUCCAACUUCCGUAACGUCUUGCAGACCGUCGAGCUGGAGAAGGAGAUGUCGAACCCCGCCGCAGAAGACUCUGAAACGAUAAUCUCCACUGCGGCGACCAUUGGUCACGACGUCCCGAAGGCUCCGGCUGAAAAGAAGGCGUCGGUCGAGAAGAAACCUGGCCUCUUUGACCGGAUCCGCAAGGUCUCUUUGGGGUGCAUUGCGGCGCUCGACAUCUCUUUUCCUCCCACUCCCGUUGCGAAAGCUUCACGCGGACCAUACCAGGGCUCGAAUGUCACGCUGGAAACCCGAACUGUGCGCGAGUCCAGCAUCUACACUCCUUCGCUAGCCUCCGAAACGCUCGGCUGGGAUUAUAUGUUCCUGUCGCCCGUGACCGACGGAUCGCCCCAGUCGCUGAACGUCAGAGCCUCUCUGGCCCUCUUCCCCGAUGCCGACUCCAAGCGACCCGACCUGCCAACCGUGAAAGAGGAGGAGUUGGACGUCGUUCGUGGGGAGGACGGUUCCGUCACCCGGGCUACUGUGCGUGGGCUGAUCCGCAUCUUCACUGAGCCGACGGAGAUGGUGAAGAACGACAUGGCCGACCUGAUCGACGCGUUCUUCUUGUUCUCACCGACCUUCACGACCGCCCAGGCCCUCUUUGAGUUGAUCAUGGAGCAAGAAGGCCAGAGACCUCCUCGUGGCCUCAACGAGCAGCUGUCGACUGCUUGGAAAGUGCGCCACGACGGCACGCGGAUCUAUGUCGCCCACUUGAUCUGCCUGUGGCUCGAGUCUCACUGGGACAAGGGGCUCGACAAGCAGACCGAGGCCGACCUGCUGGCUCGAAUCGGAGUGCUGAGCAGUCGCUUUGCCGCCGACCAAGGUAUUCCUGUGGAGAUCGCCCACCAGCUCAUCGACUCCAUCCGCAACCGGGGUAGCUGGGCCGACAAGGAGAAGGCGCGUACGGAGGCCAACAUCGCCGAAGACAUGUACUCCGAGGCGCUCUUCCGCGGGAACCUCGACCAGAUCGUCUCCGCGCUGACGCGUCCUGAGGACUGGAACGCGCUCGACAUCACCUACUUCCACGAUGACGGCGGACCCGAGAUGAUCGCGCGCCAGCUGACCGCCAUGGAGGCGGAGCUGUUCCACAGCUUCCAGCCGCGGGAGCUGAUCGAGUUCGAGGACCGCGAUUUGCAACGCAAGCUCGAGAAUUGGCGCCAGUUCUCGGAGGCGCUGACCCUCUGGGUGACCAAGAGCGUCGUGCAACACAGCGAUGUGACGCUACGCGCGAAGGCUGUGACGGUGUUUGUCACUGUGGCGGCGGUCUGCAAGUCCAUGCGGAACUACAGUUCCGCUCUUUCGAUUUAUCUCGGGUUGACCACCGUCCCCGUUAAGCGGCUCAUCCUGACGAACGACACUGUCCUGCGAUAUUUCAAGGACAUUCGCGACGAACUAGGCCAAUUCUUCACUGGGCGCUCAAACUUCGUCGAAUACCGCGCAGAAUUGCCGGUUAAUUUGCCGACCGUACCACUUGAGGUGACCAUACUGAGAGACAUCAAGACGAGCCGCGAGAUCCUCCUCCAUGACGGCAAGUUCACGGCGCAGCAUACGGCAGCACCCACCGAGCAGAUGAUCGCGCUCAAGUACUAUCGCAACAUGCGACGGACCAUCCGUGACCUCGAGAAGUGCCGCGGCGAGUACACGACCCUCAAUAAAGUCGACGUGGUCUACGAUUGGAUCAAGCACAACACUGAUCAGUUGAAGGGCAAAGUCUGGGAAGAAUGCAUAAGUGAUUACAAGCAGAUGAGUUUGAAGGCCGAACCGUAUUUAGACUAA